CGCCGUCUCUGCCGGCGUUGUUGGCAAACGGCGACAUUAAUAUCCAAGACCUCUUCUCGUUUCCCUCGACUUCAGUAGUGGAGCAUAAUCCUUCAAUGAUGUUGAGCCAUUUGCCCAUACAGAGCUCUGAUAGUAUUGACUGGGUUGGGCUUCUCUCCGGUUGCAUGGACCAGAUGGCGGCGCCGGCGCCGGCGAGCCGGGGUGGUGAAAACUGCGUUCAGAAGAAUAAAGGGAAGAGGAAGAAAUAUGUUCCGCCCAGGGUUGCGUUUCAUACACGGAGCACUGAGGAUAUUCUUGAUGAUGGCUAUAAAUGGAGAAAAUAUGGUCAGAAAUCUGUCAAAAAUAGCACUCAUCCCAGGAGCUACUAUCGUUGCACGCACCAUACGUGCAAUGUGAAGAAACAGAUACAGCGACUAUCAAAGGACAAAAGCAUUGUGGUGACAACCUACGAAGGCAUCCACAACCAUCCUUGUGAGAAACUCAUGGAGACCUUAACUCCUCUCCUCAAACAACUUCAGUUUCUCUCCAGAUUCUAAUCCCAUCCAUCCCAGCAUACUACAUACUGCUUAAAUUAAAUGUACAAAUUAGAAUCCUCUAUGGAUGAUGCUUAUAUGCUCUGAUUGUGUAACACAAAUUAUAUUGUCAGUUAAAGUGAAGUAUUAGAUGUUGACACAUGUUUACCCUUAUAUAUUUAAAGUCUGAUCCAUCUAAAGAUGACGAUACCAGCAUGCAUUGCAUGCAAAUGCAAAUUAAACAUUUGUUGACUUUGAUAUAUAAUCGAGUAGACAUGUGCACGCAUCUGCUUUCUUCACUGUUGUAUUGUGUGUGUUGUGUUGU